UCAUCUAUUUAUGAGCCAUUUAGAAUUCUGUAAAGUGCACUGUUACUUUCUUUUGCUAUCUGGUCAGUAGAAAUGUUUGACUGGGGGUAAUCUACCAUACAAGCAAAUAAUUUUCAAAUUAAUCCUAUAAAGUUCUGAAAUGACAGCCAGAAACAUUAAAGUUUCAUAAUACAUUUGUGUUAGUACAAAUCUGAAAAGAUGAAACGGGUUAAAUCCUAGUUAUGCAUCAAAAAAAUUGUGGCAAGCUAGACAUCAAAGUACCAGAAGUCCACUUUGGGGUGAUAUUUAAAUUAUUUUUCCUGCCCCAAUUAGACAACAACUGUCAUUGGUCACCUAUAUAAAUUACCCGAACAUAUAGAUAAUGAUAAACAGAAGGAAGACAUAAAUUUAAUGCCUGAGACCACAGUAAAAGAGAUUAGCAGUCGAGUGGGUCCUGCUGUAAGCUGUUAUCUUGCAGUGGGCUAAAUUCAGUUGCUGUUCACAAGUUGCAGCAGUGAGGGGUGGAUUUUCCAGCAUUUCUUGGAGCACCAAAUUUGGCGUAAAAAAGAUGACACCAAAACUGGAGGCUGUGACAUUCUUUAAUGGGCAUAAAAUGCCUAUUGUUGGACUAGGAACAGGGCAGGCUUCUAAAGGUGAAGUUGGGCGUGCUAUUGAUGUUGCCUUGGAAACUGGCUACAGACACAUUGAUGCAGCAUAUCUGUAUGGAAAUGAAGCAGAAAUAGGGCAAGCUCUAAAAAAAUGGUUUGACUCGGGGAAACUGAAACGUGAAGACCUUUUUAUUGUAACUAAGCUUCCAGCUAUUGCAAACCGUGCAGAGUCUGUUGAAAAGUACCUAAAAAAAUCUCUGGAAGCUCUGCAGUUGAAUUACGUCGACUUGUACCUGAUACACCAACCUGUGGGCUUCCAGGAUGUGGGUGGUGAUACUUUCCCAAGAGACAAGGAUGGAAAAGUUCUCUUGGACAUGAAUACUGACAUCAUCAGCCUGUGGAAGGCGAUGGAAGCACAAGUGGACGCCGGUCGAGCCCGUUCCGUCGGGCUGUCGAAUUUCAACUCCGGCCAGAUAAAACGCAUCUGGCAGGCUGCUCGCAUCAAGCCGGCCAACCUGCAGGUGGAGCUGCACAUCUACUUCCAGCAGCGGGAGUUGGCAGCCUUUUGCAAAGCACUCGACGUGACGGUCUGCGCAUUCGCUCCAUUGGGGUCUCCUCAGAUGCCCAACCUGUUCCACGCAAGAGGCGGUGAUGCCAGCAAGUUAGUAAGCUUGAGCCCCAUGACAGAUCCGGUAGUGUCACGUAUUGCAGAGAAGUACAAGAAGACGACUGCUCAAGUGUUACUGCGUCACACCGUACAGCGAGGCAUUGUGGUCAUCCCAAAAAGUGUCAACCCUGAUCGCAUCAAGCAGAACUUCGAUAUUUUCGAUUUUGAACUGACGCAAGAAGAUAUGUAUGAACUAGAUGCUCUUGACAAAGGACCAAAGGGCCGAAUGUUUAAUGAUGCUAUUGCACCAGAAAGAACAAAACAUCCAGAGUAUCCAUUCCACGAGAGAUACUGAUACUUCAGUACUUGCAGCACUAGACAAUGUAUUGGAAGCUUUAUCAGGGACGUCUCAUGAAAUUAAUUCUUGGCAGCAUAUGUGAUUGCUGCCUUUUCUGCAGACAUUUAUAACAAAAUUUUUGUGAUUAUAUAUUCUCUAAUGAAAAAUACAAAAGUGUGUUUUUAGUAAA